GAAUAGCAGAGUAUGAAAGAGAGAGGGAGCGACAGAGAGAAAGGGAGCGCAAAGUCUUGUCAACCGGAAAUAAAACAAGCUGGCACCCUCCCCAUCCCCAAGCCCCAACACCCACCCCAAAGUCACAUACUUCCUCUUCACUCUCUCUAUCUCUCUCCCUGCUUCCAUCUUCCUCCUCUCCCCUCUGCUGCAAAGAGAUAAAUUUAAACCCCAGUUCUGCUCUGCUCUUACUCUUUGACUUGGCCAUACAUACCGUCAUACCUGCGUCAUUACUCACGCCUCACAUCAGACCUUGUGUGUCUAUCGCCGAGGGUUUCUGUAAGGUGCUCCUGUAACCCGCUCUGGGGCCGGACAAUGCCUUUGUUUAUUGUCCCAUAGCUCUGAGCUCAGUGGCCUGUAGCAGCAGGACAAUGCCUCUGUUGUCAGGGAACAACACCCAGGUGCUCACAUGUUAGUGGUAACUUUAUAUUUAGCGUCUCUGCAGCACUUUAGGCCUCAACAACAUUCACUAUGAUUAAGACAUAUUAGCAAUGUAUCCAAUAAAUGAUAAAGAAGAUAAGCUAAGACACUAUGAGAUGAGACAUGAUCGACUAGUUGAUCAACAGGACAUCACAUGCAAUUCUCACACAAAAAAGUACCAAACAUUUACAGCCUUUGAUAAUUUGUUAUUUUUAAAUAAAGUUUUGGUUUUUUCAGGCUUUCGGCUGAUUGCAAGUAAGUGGAGAAGAUGGUGGAAAUGUUCAACACUUCUAAAGUUUAGUUUACCAAACAAUAAAUUAAUCAAGAAUUAAUCAGCAAAUUAUAUAUAGAGAUCUUUUCCUUAACAUACACAUCUCGAAUUGAUUGAGUCCUCAAUAAUAUCAACAAUGUUAUUAUAUAAUGUUAGGACAUAUGUUACCAAUUCAUAUUUUCUAGAGAAUAUAUAUAUUUUUUAACACAAAUGAGCUCUGAUGCAAACACUUCUUUAUUUUUGUUUAACAUAACAGCUGAUGGCAAAAUCAAUAACAUAGUUUAUAAGCAGUAUAAUAUUGGUACAUGAUUCCAACUAAUGUCCCUUAAUAAAUCCAUUAGUUUUGAUCAAAAUGUGUAAGAAUUUAGCAGCUUAAACAGAUAUGAAUAUAAAACUGUGUCUUCAUAAGUCUAAUAUUAUUUCCUAAAGAUUUUAUUGAUACCUGUUCAUCCUUUAUUGUUGGCUUAAAUGUAUCUGCUUGCGUGUGCCGUUGCCAACUCCAGUAUUCUACAAUACGUACACAGCAAUGCAAUACAAUAGUAGAUGAAUUUCGAAGCUUUGUUCAAGUUUUAAAAUAUCUCUUUUAUAAAACAAGGAUCAAUAAAACCGAGUCCUCUCAAGUGUGAACAUUGACUUGCUAUUAUGUUAGUUGUCUUGUGGAGCAUUUGUUUGUGGGAAAACUUGUACACUUGACUGCCUAUUAUAGUCUCUAUUUAUGUGCAAUUUAUGGUUAAAAUUGAAUUCCAUCAUCUAUUUAUCACCCACUAUCUCUCCAUUAUCUGUGCUUUAUGCUCCACUCUCUCGGCCUCCCCUCCUCCUCUCGCUGGCAUUAAGUUCAAACUUGACACUGAUGUUGACUCACUUUGUCACCCCUCGGUGGCUCCCUCUCUCUCUCCCUCUUUCUCUCUCCCUCUCUCUCUCUCCAUCGCUUGGAGGACAAGAGUGCCCGCAGACGCAUUUCUCUCCAGAGCCCCCCCCCUCGCUCUUUCACUCUCUCUCACCCUGUCUAACUCUCUCCAUCUCUAUCCUACUCUCUCCUUUACACACACACACACACACACACACACAGUUAUUGUCAACAAAUCUGGAGAACAAGGGACGUAGGGGGUACCGGGGAAUAAAGGUCCACAGAGGAGGAAAGUAGCACUCAGGACCCGACGCGUCAUUUCACCUGGACACUUGGCGGAAGAAUUGGAGUACCGAAGGAGAGAAAGAGGAGCCAAAGGUGACAGUAAACAGGGGCGGACACGCACAGGACAGGACUCCGUUAUUUUCUCUUCAUGGUGGUUUGGACACUCGUAGUAUGUAUGAGAAGUUAACCAUGCUGAACCUGCAGAGCGGCUCAAACUGGAGUGGGCCUAACAACUGGUACCAUGACCCCACCGGCGUUCAGACGCAACACAGCACAGUGUCUGAGGGCUGUCUGCUGGACACGGAGGGCAGCCUUGGGGGGGAGGCGGGGGGAGGGGGGACGGGCAGAGGGGGAGGAGUCCCCGUUGAGAGGGACGACGGCGAGGAGUCUCAGCUGAGGCUGCAGCUCAAAAGGAAGCUGCAGAGGAACAGGACCAGCUUCACACAGGAGCAGAUCGAGGCUCUCGAGAAAGAGUUUGAAAGGACACAUUACCCAGAUGUCUUUGCGAGGGAGAGAUUGGCCAACAAGAUUGAUUUACCUGAGGCCAGGAUACAGGUGUGGUUUUCAAACCGAAGAGCCAAGUGGAGGAGGGAGGAGAAGCUCCGCAAUCAAAGGAGGUCAGGGGGUGUGACUUCCUGUUCACAGAGCCAAGCCCCUCUGACCACUUCCUUCAACACAUCUGUCUAUCAUCAUCAGCAGCACGGCAGCAGUUCAGGGUCCAUGUUGAGUCAGGCUGAGUCGUCCCUGCCCAGCUACAGCUCCCUGUCAGUUUUCUCAUCUGGAGUCCAGUCUAUUCCUCCCCAGUCGGCCUCCUCUUACUCCUGCAUGUUACCUCCAUCCCCCUCUGCCCCGCGCAGCUUUGACUCAUCGGCGUAUUCCUCCCCUCAUCUGCAGACUCCGUCCUCAGCCAACUCCAACACCGUGACCGGAAUGGAUUUGGGUCAUCUGCUGUGGAUGCUGUCGACCUUAACGGGAAUCACAUCAGCUGUGAUGGAGCAGUACAGAGCCGUGGAUUGGUUGAGCAGGUAUGGCUACCUUCCUCCUCCGGAUCCGCGCACAAGUAGACUGCAGACCAAAGAGGGGCUCGAGAAAGCCAUUCGUGUCAUGCAGAGAUUCGGCGGGGUACAGGAAACCGGGGUGCUCGACAAUGAAACACUUAAACUCAUGUCUACGCCUCGAUGCUCUCUUCCUGAUAUCGUUGGGAAUGAGGAUAUGCUGAGGAAGAGGAGGAGGAGGAGGAGGAAAAGAUACGCGCUGUCAGGCCUUAAGUGGCAUAAGACAGACCUCACAUGGAGUGUCCACAGCUACCCGUCGCCCUCCCUCUCACCCGGCCUGCAUGAAUCGUUGGUGGACAACAUCCUGACUCAUGCCUUCAAAGCCUGGAGCGACGCGGCCCCCUUGAACUUCCAUCGGCUGCAGAGUGACAGGAGGGGGGCGGCGACUGAAGGGGACAUCAGAGUGACUUUUGCCCGCAUGCUCCACGACGACGGGUACCCUUUUGACGGGAAGGGUGGCACCCUGGCCCACGCCUUCUUCCCCGGCAGGGAUGUAGUGGCUGGUGACACACACUUUGAUGAUGAUGAGAUCUGGAGCCUUGGAGAUGACGGCAGCAGCACAGACUUGUUCACGGUCGCAGUGCACGAGUUUGGCCAUGCGCUGGGCCUGUCCCACUCGUCCUCUGACCCGUCCAUCAUGAGGCCGUACUACCAGGGCGCUGUGGGAGACAUUCCCAACUUCCAGCUGGCCAUGGACGACAAGCUGGCCAUCCAGCAGCUCUAUGGUGUGAAUGAUGGCGGGCCACCAGGAGGUGUUGAUCCUGACCCCCCACGCCUGCCAAGUCCACCUCCUCCUAGACCAACACGGCCUUAUGACCCUUCAUUCCACGAUCGUUGUGAGGGAGGCUUUGACGCUGUCGCAGAUAUCAGGGGAGAAGUCUUCUUUUUUAAAGGUAACCACUUCUGGAGAACAAAGCGAGACGGGUCUUUAGAGUCCCGCAAUCCGGCUCUGAUCACAAACUUCUGGAUGGGCCUGCCGGCGGGAACAAACAAGGUGGACGCCGUGUACGAGAGGAAGAGCGACAAUGGCAUCAUCUUCUUUAUUGGACCUCAAUACUGGGUCUUCAAGGACAAUGUGGCCCUGACCGGCUACCCGAGGCCCCUAUCUGAUUGGGGCAUGAAGACAAUCAGUGGGGCGUCGGUGGAGCGGGUGGAUGCGGCCUUCAUCUGGGCCCACAACGGCAAGACUUACCUGUUCAGCGACGGGGAGUUUUGGAGGUUUGACGAGAGUCGCGAGGGUCAAAAGGUGACCAGGCAGCCGGAGCAGGGCUACCCUCGGGAAAACCAUCUCUGGGUGGGAGUGCCGGCAGACAUGGAUGACAUCAUCAGCUGGGGAGAAGGAGAUACCUACUUCUUCAAGGACAACCUCUACUGGGUGCUGAAGAAAGGAGGACUGAACCAAGAGGUCGUCACUUCUAAAUCCAUCGCUGUGGACUGGCUCAGAUGUCCAGCUCCACCUACAACCUCCAGUCCGGUCAUCCCAAAGGAGUGCAGCUGCGACUUAAAGGGAUCAUCAUCAUUUCUCAGAAGCGGCUGGCUCCUCCUGAUCUCUGCUGCAUUGGUAAUUCAUGAAUUGGUUAGAAAAUAGAUAGGUGGGAUUGUCAUUUUGUGGAUGCCAAGGGACUGCAGGCUGUUUUUGUCCUGCUUCCUUUGUUCCAUUAAAGGGAAUAUAAAGGCUCUUUGUAUCAUCAUACACUCACAGUACAUUAAAACCCACAAGCUGGUUUCAAAUUACAUAAAUACCCGCCCUAUUGCAUAGAGUCAUGUGAAUUAUUUUUUAGAUCAAUAAAUGUUUCUUGGGUACAUAAACCCAAUUGAUGACACUGGUAGUUCAUAUUUGAUACGAAUUUGCUGCUGGUAGAACCACGAUCUAUCCUAAAGGAGUUGUAUUGGGGUUAGUUUGCAUUUUUAAGGCCUAAUAGAGAAGGCUUGUUGCUUUUUAUAGUGAAUUUUAAGAUUUCUAUGUAUGAAAUAAUUUGAGGAAAACAGUAAUUCUAUCCUCUAACAACCAGUCUCCAUUUAUUGAUUGUAAAUAUAUCUGGUUUGCAUAAGAAAUACUUAAAUUUGAUGUUGUAAAUUAUAGCUUUUAACCCAAAUCUAUUUAAAAUGUGGUGCAGUUAAUGCAUUAAACAGAAGAACACAUUUACAUUAUUUAUUUAUUUUUUCAGCUGGUAAGAUUUAUGAAUUUUAGCUUCUGCCUUAAAACAUUAUUGAUUGUAUUAAUCUGAAAAGACAUAAUUAUGCAGUUUCAGCACAUUCCCAAAGUCUGGUAGAUCAAACUCUUUGUUUUUUCUUUUGUUUCUUUCUCUGUCUCCUCUUCUACUAUAUCGUAAGACCUGAGUUAUUGUAAGUUCUCUACCUCUUAGGAACAGAAAGCUGACCCAUGACAACAAUAUAUAAUGCCUCCUCCCUCCAUCCUGCUAUAGAAGUUCACACCCUCCUUUUCGAUGAGAAAGUAUACAAUUACAGGUAGCCUAUAUAGGACAAUGGAUAGAAAUUCGACAGACCGGCAACUCCCUUAUAAUAAGGAUUUACUCAUCCACCCCAUGUUUGGGCGGUAAAACAGGCCACACCAACCGACUGAAUACUCCUUUUUAUUUUUAUUUUGUGCAUAUACUGUACAUGAAGACAUUUUAGCUGAUAUAAAGCUUGGCAGUGUUAUUGCAACUGACAUUUCAAAGCAGAGUGCGGGAACAUUAAUCAUUCGGUUGAAUGAACUUAAUAAAAACGUCAUGACUCCGAAGAAGUCGCUGUACAACAACUCCUACACACCCACAUGAUUUGUUAUUUAAUGAUGUAACAAAAGGACGUCGUUUAGCUCAGUUGGUGGCGCUGACGGACCAUGUACUGGGGUUAGGUCCCCAAGCAGAGGACCCGGGUUUGAAUCUGGCUUGGGACCAUGUGCUGCGUGUCAUCCCCUCUGUCCCCCCCUUUCAUAUCUAUUAAAGGCAGUGUUUGCCCGGACAAAUCAUUAAAAAAAAUAAAACAAAAAAUGAUUUUUAACCUCGUUAAUGUUUAAUUAAAUCUUCCGACAUGUGCCAUUCAUUUGAGGUGAAGCUAGGAUUUGCAGUAAAUUAUUUUACACUUCAAGUUUGGAGUUUUGACCUUUCAAUUGAAGGUUGGACUUAUGUAGCCGCUGUAAUGGUAUGUAUGUACUGUAUCUGCAGGUGUGUGCAAAUUAAAAAAGAUGGACUUUUUGUAAACAUAAAAAAAGAGUUCUUCAUACGAGUUUGUGUUUGUGAUUUUACUGCAUCCAGUAAGGUAUGUCACAUUUCUGACUCAUGAAUUCUACUGAAGCAGGACUUACUCAUCUCUCCCCGGUGACAGCCCCAUACAUCAAAAGAUUGAUGCCUUAAUUGACAACACCUUCUCUAUUUUUUUCCAUUGUCCUUCUGAUAGCUUGAUAAGAUAAGUAUCACCUGUGUUACACUAGCACCAAAACUAAGAUUAAUCUGAUAACCACACAAGAAUCUUAUUUAAAACCUUUGUCAAAUACAACAAACUCUUGUUUAAACAGCUCUUACUUCACACAGACAUUACAAAGUGUGCAAUGCUUACUUCAAGGACCUUUGUCCUGUCGUUCAACAAGGAAUGCUUUAUAUUAAUACUAUUUAUAACCUGUCUAGUUAAUUGUUGCAUCUUUUGUUCAAGGCAAAUUGAAGUUUAUUAGGAAGUUUGGAGAGGAGUAUUGAUUUUUCUUGUGAAAGGAGUGGCUGCAAAUGGCUCAGGUCUGACCGGUUAAGCAAUUUGACUUUAGUGUGAUUUAUGAAGUAGUGUGCAUUUACAAUAAGGAUUUAAUGUUUGGUAAACUAUUACAAAAGGUAAAUAACCUCUGAAGUUUCUUGCAAAAGUUGAGUCUAAGUGCAACAUUUGUGAUGCUUUUCCCAAACUUUGCUUAAACCAUUUUAAUGUACAAUGUCCCGCAACUAUGAAGUAAAACCAGGAUAAAUGGAGAAAUAUACAUUUUAUUUUGAAAACAGCUCACAGUUUUGUAAUACGUGCAAGGUGUACAAUUGUGAUAAAUAUUAAUUCUGUCAAUGAUGCCUAAAUCCUAAUCACACCCAUUAAAAACCAAUUUCAUUUUUGAGUGUUCAGCCUGGCAACACCUCCUCUGCUGACAGUAUCUGUCCUGAUGAAGACAACAUGAAAGCGACUCAAGUCACAAAAUAAACAAUGACAAAACUCUCAAGAAUGAGAUCAAGCAAACAGGUUUACCAGCAACACCAUUGAGUGCAGAGAGACAAGCGUCAAUGGCUCUAAACCCUCCCCAGAACAAGACUCAGGGCACAUUAGCCCCAGAGAGUAUCCGGAGGUGGAACUGGAAGACUGUGUUGUGACAGACUGCGCUGCCUGGACACUCCUGAAGACAUUGGUCAUAUACUGUGAAGAAGUGUCCGUGAUGCGUACAGUUGUGCUGAAGCGGUCAAUCUGGAAAAAAAGACAUUAACCUUGGUAGCUGCACAAAACACUGUUGGAGUCUUUACCUCACAAGGUUCAAACUGUAGAAAAGUGUGCCCACAUUACUGGAUUCAUAGAGUUGGUGCUCAAACGUUUUAAAUAUUAAGAAAAAAAACAUGUGUUGUGAAGCCGUCCUCAAAAGGACUUGAUAAAUGAGACUUGUAUUACAAUGCACAAGUUGUAAGAGAUUGUGUAAUAUGAGGUUUUGAUUUAGUUUUGCUUGUGUUAAAGAGCCAUGUUCAACCCAACUCAUCAGGACUUCCUCCUCAAGAAUGCGAGUCAUUGAUUUACAAAUGAUUGCUUUGUGGGCGAAGUAUUUGUUUAAAGCCACGCAAGAACAUAAAAACAUAAAACUUA